AUGUGGCACACUCGACCAAUAUGUAUCCUUAACUACAAGAAGAAGAAUAUGAAGAAGCAAAUGCUAUGGGAGGAUACUCCGGGAAUAAUCAAUGAUCUUAUGAUCAACCCCAAGACAAUCAAGGGUGGAACCAUAAUCAAGGAAUGGGUUAUCAAACAAGACAACCACCUCCAUACGAAUAAAGACCAUCAUUUCAACCUUAGAAUUUCCAGCCAAGACAGCCACAACAUCCACCUCAAUAAGCGAGUUUGUCUAAUUGAUCAAGAAAAAGAAGAAGAGGAUAUAAUGGUGAAGAAGUCGAGUAAUGAGGAGGAAAAUAACGAAAAAUCCAACACAAAGAAGCCUGCCACCAACAAAGUCAAAUAUUCUCCAGUUGCUCUAUUUCUCGAAAGAUUAGUGAGCACAAAGAAAGAACGAGAGGAGAGAACAUUGAGCAAAACCGGUGUAAUCAUUCAACUUGUUGAUCGGUCGAUAGUACACCCAAACGGUUUACUAGAUGACGUACCUUUUCUUAAAACAGCAAAAACCAAAAUCGAUGUCUACAAUGGAACUCAAUCAAUGAAAUUUGAUAAAGAGGUCAUUGGCUUCAAUAUUUUUGAAGAGAAUAGGUACCCAAGUAAGAACAUAGGGUUCAAUGGAAUAGGUAUUCUCAUAAAGGUAAAGUUUCAAGAGUUGGAGGAAUUCCAAAAUAAAACCUUCAAGAACUCAUACAUCUACAAGAACAAGAGCAAAACAUUUCACGACAAGUGCCUUUCCCGCUCCAAGGGUUUCAAGAGCAAUCUUGGGGAGGUAUUUUAUAAAGAAGAAGGGAAGAUUUUACCUCUGUUAGUAUAUUCCAUCAUUGAAGAGCUCAACUUUUCUUGAGAUUAAAGAUGAGGUGAAAAUGUCAAGCACACA